UGUAAAUCUACUACAACUACCAUAGCCGUAAUAAUAAUCAAGUUUAAUUUUCAAAAUAAUAGGCAGAUAUGAUAAUGAAACAGAAACACCUACUGUUGAUACUGCCACUGCCACUCCAAAAAUGUUUCAGUAACAGCUGAUGUGACAAAGGGUUGUUUUGUUUAUUUUUUGCUCGUGGUUUUGUGAUUUUGAAAAAUAUUUUUAUAAGGGAGAAAGGAAAUUCAUUUCAAGGUAUCAAUGAAGUGUAAUUUAGGUAUUUACAAAAUAUGGCAAACGAUAAAAAUAUCUCAAAUAUAAGAUUCAAUCAAGAUCAGGGAUGUUUUGCCUGCUGUAUGGAUGGUGGUUUAAGAAUUUAUAAUGUUGAGCCUUUAGCAGAAAAGGCUCACUAUGAUAUUGAUUUAAUGGGAAGUACAUCCCAGUGUGAAAUGUUACAUCGUACAAAUAUUAUUGCCAUUGUAUCUGGGGCGCCUAGGCCUAAAUUUGCUGAUAAUGUAUUAAUGUUGUAUGAUGAUGCAGCAAAGAAAUUUAUUUUGGAAAUAACAUUUCCAUCAUCUAUUAGGGCUGUCAGGUUGCGCAAAGACAAAUUAGUAGUGGCAUUACUUAAUCAAAUACAUGUGUUUUCAUUUCCAACCCCAUUACAAAGGUUGUUCUCUUUGGAAACCAAAGAAAAUCUUAGGGGACUUUGCGAGGUCACUCCACUGGCUUCUGCAGAGAAACAGAUACUUAUUUUUCCAGGGCACAAAGUUGGAAGUGUUCAAAUAGUUGGUUUAACAGGCACUGAAGGGGGAGUUUCAAAUGCACCUGUGUGGAUAUGCGCUCAUAGAAAUGAAUUAGGUUGCAUUGCUUUAAACCAACAGGGCACACGAAUUGCCACAGCAUCUAAUAAGGGAACAUUAAUAAGGGUUUGGGAUUCUUCCACCAGAAAAUUGUUGAUUGAAUUGAGAAGAGGCUCUGAUCCAGCAACUGUAUAUUGUAUAAAUUUUAGUCGAGAUUCAGAUUUUUUGUGCUGUUCUAGUGAUAAAGGAACUGUACACAUUUUUGCUAUUAAAAAUGCAAAUUUAAAUAAGCGCAUGACACUUUCAAAUUUGGGUAUUUUGGGGCCCUAUGGUGAUUCCCAGUGGGCAUUGGCUAAUUUCACAGUGCCCCCCGAAUGUGCCUGCGUUUGUGCUUUUGGACCAAAUAGUUCAGUUAUUGCAAUUUGUUUAGAUGGAACAUUUCAUAAAUAUGUGUUUAAUGCAGAUGGGAAUUGUAACAGGGAAGCAUUUGAUGAGUUUCUUGAUGUCUGUGAUGAUGAUGACUUUUUAUAAGCUUUAAGAAAGAUUGUUAUUAUAUUAAAGAAUACUUAAGGUAAAUUAGGAUUUAUCUGUUUCAAAUAUAUUAUGUAGAUAUAAAUUUAAAA